AUGAAAAUAUCUGCAGGCUGUUUGAAUAUCCGCGGGCGCGCUUUGAUUGAUUCGAUCGUUCGAAAAAGUAAAAUUUGUGGGUUGGGAAUUGGGAAUUGGGAGGCGGCCUUAUAUUCCAUCCUAUGGAGCCGUUUAGAGCGUGCUGGGCGGCCCAGAGCGGUAGCCAAAGCCCCCGAAAGGGCACCAGAGGCGAGGCUCCUAGUCGCUGCUGCGGGCCUCUGGCCGGCCUGCAAUGGCUUAUUGACACGUUUAUUGAUGGGUUCUAUCGAGCAAUGGAUGAAAGAGGCGCUGCAGAUGUCAGCAGAGCAGGAUCAACAGGAGAUCGCGCGCCUGCGCCAUGACCUCCUAACUUGCCAAGCCAGGGUGCGAGAACAAGACAGGCAGCUGCGCAAUCGGGACGCUGAGCUGGCUGCACUAGAGCAGGUGUACAAGCAGCAGCAGCAGCAGCAGCAGGUGUACCAGCAGCAGCAGCAGCAGCUGCGGCAGCACCAUGACGACCUGGUGCAGCUGCUGCAGCAGCACAAUGACGACCUGGUGAAGCAGCUGCGUCACCAGAAGCGCAAGCGCGACGAGGACGAAGCUGCUGCGGCGACAAAGGAGGAGCUAGAGCUGCUGAACCGUGUGCAGGAUCUGCAGCGGCAGCUUGCAGCUUGCAGAGCAGAGCUCGCGCAGCGCCGCCUCUCAGGCGCCGGCUCAGGCGCCAACCCACACCAGCAGCAGGAGCAUGCGGCGGGCGACGGUGCCGCUGCGCAGCCAGCUGCCGAGGGUGGCGGCGGCCAUGCGCAGGCGUCGCGCGAAGCGACGGUGGGUGCCGCAGCCACGCUGGUGGACAUGCCAAAUGCCCCGGAUGGAGCGCCUGUGGCACCGAUCCCGCAGGAGCCCCCGCACCAGCGGCCAGCGUCCUCGCGCGACCUGUCGCUCGAAUAG